AUAUUGCAGCGUAGGCCUGCCAAUUGCUUUAUUCUCGGUUUAAUUGCAUUGACAUAACAUAUCACCAACUCGCCGGAGCAACAGUAAAAGCCCUCUAAUCAGUAAAUGACGACUUAUCGCCCACACCCAUAAAUAUUCAGAGAUAAAGAAAAAGAGGGCAAAAACUAUAAACAAUAUAGGGAGAAUGAGUGAAAAUGAAAAAUUCAGUUGUCAGCCGAACGUCAGGCAUGAAGCACGGUCGGUUGUUAUAAGCAAUAUUUAUAUAUCCAAUUUUGCACCACCAUGAGUUCCGCGUCCAUGCGUCCGCAUAGUAAAAUCGGGCAAACUGCUCGCAUUGUGAUCGUGGGUGCGGGAUCCGCAGGAAUAGCGGCUGCCACCCGGCUCCUGGAGCUCGGAUUCCGGAAUGUUCUGCUCCUCGAGGCGGAGGAUCGCAUCGGCGGUCGUGUCCACACGAUUCCCUUUGCCGACAAUGUCAUCGACUUGGGCGGCCAGUGGUGUCACGGCGAGAAGGGAAACGUGGUGUACGACAAGGUGAAGGAUCUGAAGCUCCUGGAGGUUACGGAGCCCCACUACGAGACCUACAGAUGCGUUCGAUCCAACAAAGAAGUCGUACCCGACGUCAUAGCCGAUCAACUAAAAACAGUAGCUGAAAUGUCCAUACCAGACAGGCAGACAGAGCUCCUGGACUUCGAGGGCACCUUGGGGGACUACAUCAAUAUGAAGUACUGGAAGGAGCUGGCCAAGCUUCCGCCAAUUGAUCGUACCAUUGCUGAGGAGUUCCUGGAGGUGUUUCACAAGUUCGAGGCCUCUGUGGAGGCGGCUGAUCACCUGUUCGAAGUGUCCGGAAAGGGUCACCUGGAGUACUGGCUGUGCGAGGGCGAGCUGCUACUCAAUUGGAAGGACAAGGGAUACAAGAGAUUCCUGAGACUACUCAUGAAAGCCCAGGAUGAUCAGCCCGAAGAUCUCGGCAUCCUUAAGGGCCAUGUGCGGCUCAACAGACGGAUUGCCGAGAUUAACUGGGAAGGACCUGAUGAGCUCACCGUGCGUUGCUGGAACGGCGAGUUGAUCACAGCGGAUCAUGUCAUUUGUACUGUUUCCUUGGGAGUGCUAAAGGAGCAGCAUCCGAAUCUUUUUGUUCCCGCCCUGCCAGCCGCCAAAGUGCGCGCCAUCGAGGGUUUGAAGAUGGGCACGGUGGACAAGUUCUUCCUGGAGUAUGAGAAUCCUCCGCUGCCUGGCGAUUGGCCUGGCUUCAAUUGCCUUUGGCUGAAGGAUGACCUGGAGAAUCUUCGGGCUUCGGAACUCUUUUGGCUGGAGAGUGUUUUCGGCUUUUAUCCAGUCUCCAAGCAGCCACGCAUCCUGCAGGGCUGGAUCAUUGGCCCACACGCCCGGCACAUGGAAACGCUCACCGAGGAGAAGGUCCUGGAGGGUCUGCUGUGGCUCUUCCGCAAGUUCCUGCCCUUUGAAACUGCCCAUCCAGUGCGCAUGCUGCGCACUCAGUGGCAUGCGAAUCCCAACUUCCGAGGCAGCUACACCUUCCGCUCCACCUACACGGAUGCGAUGAGAACUGGUGCCUGGGAUCUGGAGGCACCGCUCCAGGAUGUGGGCGGCAGGCCACGCCUCCAGUUCGCCGGAGAAUCCACCCACAAGCACUUCUACUCCACGGUCCAUGGAGCCGUAGAAACGGGAUGGCGCGAAGCGGAACGAUUGCACCGCUACUACCGGGCGGAAAACUCUCAGCUAUGAGCUCACACCUGGGGAUUCCGGAUGAAUGUGUUCCGAAGCUGUGAAAUCAAGAUUGGCCACAGGCAAGGGGCAUGGAUACUUAAUACUUGUCUAGUCACAAUUUAUUAUUGUGUUUCGUUCGGCCGUGGCGAGGAAAGUAUUUGUGUGCCACAAUAAACUAAAUAACAUAAA